GAUUUUGUCCUUGGUCUACCACGAACUCAAUGAAGCAAGGAUUCUAUCAUGGUCGUGGUUGACAGAUUUUCUAAAAUGGCUCACUUUAUUGCUUGUCAGAAAACUAAUGAUGCUUCUCUCAUUGCUGAGUUAUAUUUUAGAGAGAUUGUGCGUCUACAUGGAGUUCCAAAGACCAUCACUUCAGAUAGAGAUGUGAAGUUCAUGAGUCAUUUUUGGAGGACUUUAUGGAGAAAGAUGGGCACUCAACUUCAGUUUACUGAGUUUGCCUACAACAACUCUUCGAAUCAAGCUACGGGAAAAUGCCCAUUUGAAGUAGUAUAUGGAGUGCGUCCUCUCAGUCCUUUAGAUCUUGCUCCAUUGCCCACAUCCCAACAAUUUAGUGCAGAUGCUGAACAACAAGCCAAGGAGAUCAAGAAACUUCAUGAAGAAGUUUGUGAGAAGCUACAACGUCAAACCAUUAGGUAUAAGGCUCAUCAUGACAAGCACCGAAAGAAGGUUGUGUCUAAAGAAGGAGACUGGGUUUGGAUACACCUUCGAAAGGAAAGGAUCAAGAGCAUUGAACUCAAACCUGAGGACGAGUUUUCUCCAACCAGGGGAGAAUGCACCGGGGGAAAACACCACGAAAGCACCACGUCAUUGCACCAAGAUUGCAAGUCAGCAAACUUCAGACUACACUUUGCAGACUACAAAUUGGCUGGUGCAAUUUUGUCAAAAGUGGCCACUAAAUUCCACAAAGAUGGCUAACUCCCAACUGCAUUUUCACUUUUCAUUUAUUGCCUUAUGUUAGAUUUUGCCUUUAAAUAGCUAUGUUCCCUUCGUUGUAUGGCAUAAGUUUGAAUCAAAAUUUCAAUUUAUA